AUGAAUCCAGGAGUCGACGCUCAUUCGACGGCAGGUCGGCGAAGCGCAGAUCCUGUGGUCCCGGAUGAGCGACUGGGUAUGCCCAAGAAGCCCACCAUCCAGUCAGGACCCACUCUACCGCCAACUGAGGAGCAGCUCGCACACGCAGUAGACCUGAUCCAGAAUCUGAAACGAAUUUACUCAGCAAAACCGCCGACGAUGCCACCCCACGCAUUGUCAGCCGACCAGCGAAUGGAGUACGACCAGCUACUGGAGCAGCUUCACAAGAUGACCGAGGACCUUGAUGUCAAGCUACCAAUGUACUGGAUUGUUUUGAGAUCGGAUAAUAUGAUCCGCAAUCUUGUCGCAACCGUCUCGUUGGUGGCACAUCAAAGGGCCAGUUAUUCAACAAGGUCGAACCUGGUCAUAAUUGAUCCCUCCGCUCUAAAGAGCAUGCAUAGCUUACUACGAAGUACUAUCGAACGUUUCAGGCAUCAGACGAUGGAAGCCGCCGUUGCACCGCAACAAAUCAGAGGUGGACUUGCUGGACCUGUCAUAAAUAGACAAUCCCCCCCACCUACCACUCCUAAUGUCAUUCCCUCCACUCAACCUAUCCCUCCAAUUCUCAUCCCAGACUUGACUGGGCUCAUCACCCGAUGCGACCAAGAUCCCGUUUCUGGCGGUACAUACGGAAAUAUUUACAAAUGUAUGUACCACGGGCCGGACGGCGACAUACAGGUCGCCGUCAAAGCAAUGAGACCGCAAAUUUUCAAUACUGAGAUGGUGGUAUUCGUAUUACGGAGAGAACUCGGGAUUUGGAAGAGGUUGCAACACUCUAAUAUCUUGAAGUUCAUGGGUACUACUGGGGAGUUCGGCCCCUCUGUGGCUUUGGUUGCUCCGUGGAUAGUCAACGACACUCUGACGUCGUUCCUCAACGACAACAAGACGCUCACACUGCGUGAUCGUCUGCUUCUGCUCCGUGGCGUAGCCGCUGGCCUCGACUAUCUUCAUACGUUCAGUUUCACUGUAGACGGACAUACGUACUCCAAUCCAGUUGUCCACGGAGAUCUCACUGGUAACAAUGUCCUGAUUGGUAGCGAUCGAACUGCAUAUCUUGCUGAUUUUGGCCUUUCGGGAACUUUAACCAAAUUGCCCGGCAUGACGUACCUGAUGAAAAUGAGUCGUCAUCCAGGAGCACUGAGAUGGGCAGCUCCUGAACUUCUUUCUCUGGAAGAAUCAGGCUCUGCAAUCACCACUCAGAGCGACAUUUACUCCUUCGGUAGCAUCACGCUCCAAGUCCUGACUGGAAACGUCCCUUGGCCCCACUUGAACCGUGAAGCUGCAAUCAUGGGUAAAUUGAUCUUUGAGGGGCAAACACAUCCUCGUCCAGAUCGUGUCACCGACGAGCAAUGGGAUUUUAUGACCCGUUGCUGGUGUAAGACACCCACCGACCGGCCUUCUGCCCGGGAAGCCCUUCAAUUUGUUGAAAGCGAGCUCGCUAGGUACGAUUGAGUCUGAUAUAAUUUAUUAUUUUAUAUGCCCGUCACCGUAGCAGCCACAGGACAAAUGUGUAAUAAUAUGUAUUACUUACUCACAUGUAGCCUAAUCUGUUGAUGGGCGCCUUGAGCGCUGAGGUCCCUCAAUCAUACCGAUCGUGCACUC